AUGCAUAAAUUUGAUACAAUAUAAGGAAAACUAUUCUAUACAGUUUAUAUGAUGCAUCAAUAAAGAGAGAUUGACACUAAAUAGAAAGGGAUAUUGAAAGGUAUGUGUAUGUAUUUAUAUAGAAUUAUAGACUUGAUCAUUUAAAAACAUCCAUCAAUGAAUAAAAUAAAAACUGACAACACAUUAAUAACAAGACGUAGUUUACUUGAUCUUGCAGAUGUAGAAGAGGAUUAAAAAGAUGAAUAGAAAAUAGAAAAGAAUAGACCUAUAAUAAUUAGACCUAUUUUAACUAAUAGUAAAUACAAAUCAAACCAAUCUUUGUUGUCAUCUCCUUAACGUAAAUGA